AUGGGGAGAAAACGAAAGCUCGACGCCAACAACACCGAGUCCUCCGAGCCCUCCAAGAAACAACAACCGGUCGUUGAAGAAGAGGAACCCAAACCCCAAAACGAACCAGCAGAGGAAGUAGUCGAAGAAGAAGAAGAGGAAGAAGUUGAAGAAGAAGAAGAGGAGGAAGAUGAACCGGAAGAAGACAAAGAAGAUGAAGGAGAGGAAGAGGAAGAGGACGAGGAUGAAGAAGAACCUGGUGUUGAGUAUAAGCAAAACGAGAACGUGACGACGACGUCCACGUCGGCAGCUUCGGAUCUGGCCGGUGACGGUGCCGACGAGGAUGAGCCGAUCCAGAAUCUUCUAGAACCCUUCAGCAAGGACCAGCUUAUUGCCCUGCUCCGCGAAGCAGCCGAUACGCAUGGUGACGUAUCUGAUCGGAUCCGUAAGGUUGCAGAUGAGGACCCGAUCCACCGCAAGAUCUUCGUCCACGGGCUCGGAUGGGACACCAACGCCGAAACCCUAACCAGCGUGUUUAAGGAGUACGGUGAGAUUGAGGAUUGCAAGGCUGUGUGCGAUAAGGUCUCUGGUAAGUCCAAGGGUUAUGGCUUCAUUCUUUUCAAGACUCGUUCUGGGGCUCGAAAAGCCCUAAAGCAGCCGCAGAAGAAGAUCGGCAAUCGGAUGACUGCGUGCCAGCUGGCGGCUAUUGGCCCAGGCCCGGCUCCGAGUGCCGCUGCCGCUGUGCCUGUGGCGGUCCAGGCGGCCCAGUCACAGACAGUGUCGGAGUACACGCAGAGGAAGAUCUAUGUGAGCAAUGUUGGGGCUGACUUGGAACCCCAGAAGCUGCUGAUGUUCUUUUCUAGGUUUGGAGAAAUUGAGGAAGGGCCACUGGGGCUUGAUAAGAUGACUGGGAGGCCUAAAGGAUUUUGUUUGUUUGUGUAUAAGUCGCCAGAGAGUGCAAAGAGGGCAUUGGAAGAGCCGCACAAGAAUUUUGACGGCCACAUUUUGCAUUGCCAGAAGGCUAUUGACGGUCCAAAGCCGGUCAAGUCUCAGCACCCGAACCAGCACCACCACAAAUCCCAUAAUUCCAAGUUUCAGAGGAAUGAGAAUCCGGGUUAUGUUGGUGGAGCUGCGGCAGGAAUGGGGCAUUUGAUGGCGCCAGCAAGUGGUGGGAUUGGGUUUAACCAGGGUGCUGCGGCCGCCCAGGCAUUGAAUCCCGCACUUGGGCAGGCACUGACUGCAUUGUUUGCGACUCAGGGGGCUGGUUUGGGGCUGACAAACCUUUUGGGAACUUUUGGAACGGCUCCGAAUGUGAACCCAGGUGUUCCUGGUGCAGGACAUGCCAUACAGGGUGGGUAUGCGAAUCAGGCAAGUAUAAGCCCUGGAAUGAUGGGAAGCUAUGGAAAUCAAGGUGCAAUGCAAGGUGGCUACCCGAACCCGCAGAUAGGGCAAGGUGGUUCAGGAAGAGGGCAGCAUGGUGUUGGGCAAUCUGGUGGCGCUCCUUACUUGGGGCAUUAG